AUGAAUACUGACCGGGAACAGCUUCAAGCUCUUAACCGAGAUGUGAACGUCCAGGAAACUGGCCCGGUGAAGGCCAUUCAACCUACUGAGAUAACUCCUAAGGAGAAUGUCGAGGAGAUGGCCUGGGAAGCAAUCGACAGCGGAGCGCAGGCUUUGUCAGCCCAGCUCAAGAAAAUUGAAGUCAUGGAUGAGUCGGACGAGCGGUGGUGCAAGGACCACGUCGAGCAGGUCUAUGGGUAUUUGCGCUUCCUCGAGCACUCGAAGGAAGUGCGACCUAAUUUUCUGGCUCACCACGGUCAAAGCGCCUCGCCGAAGAUGCGUCAGAUCCUUACCGACUGGAUGGUGCAGGUUGGAAGACGAUUCCGUCUUCUCAACGACACAAUCUUCCUAACCGUCGCGUACAUGGAUCGUUAUCUUCAGCGCACCGAAACUGUUGAAAAGUCGCAAAUGCAGCUGAUUGGCAUUGCAUGCAUGAUGCUUGCAUCGAAAAAUGAGGAGAUCUACUCGCCAUCUCUCAGCGACUUUGUCUACGUCUGUGACCGGGCUUACACCACUGACGAGAUAAAAGACAUGGAGCUGGAAGUGCUUGGUCGUCUAGAUUGCGAUCUAUCCGUCGCUUACUCGCUUGAGUUCGUACGACGAUUUUCCAGAGUCGCAGAGGAGACGAUCGAUCCUCGAGAGUACACUCUGUCAAAGUACUUGUGCGAGCUGGCUUUGAUGGACUACGAUUUGGCGAGCAUGAAGCCAUCUCUAGUUGCUGCAGGUGCUCUGUGGCUGUCUAUCACGCUCAUCACCGAGGGAGAGUGGCUACCGAUUCUUGAGCACACUUCGAGAUACUCCGUUUCAGAUCUCGAAAAUGUGACCAGUCUACUGGCGAAAUGCCUGUUUAUGGUCCAUUUCGGUGCGCACUCGAAGAAGUACACUGCCACCAAGCUGAAGUAUGCCUCCGCAUCGAACUACGCGAUCUCCAAGCUGCCAAUCCUAAGCGAGAAAGAGGACGUUCUUCUGGAGCUCGCGAAGAAAGGAAAGAAAUUUGCCGAAGGUCGUCGAUGA